UUGGAGGUUUCGGAUGAUGACGAUGAUGAAGAUGAUGAUGACGAUGAUGAUCGUGACUGUUAUUCAGAUGAUGAUCAUGAUCAUGAUGAUGAUGAUAAUUGUGACAAUUCGCAUGAUGACGAUGGUUCCGACGAUUCGGUUGGCGAUGACGUGGAUGAUGAUUCGGAUGUUUCCGAUGACGAUGAUGGUGACGAUCAUGAUCAUGAUCAUGAUGAUGACCAGGAUGAUGAUCUUGACGUUUAUUCGGAUGAUGAUCAUGAUCAUGUUCACGAUGAUAAUGGUGACUUAUCGCAUGACGCCGUUGGUUCCGAUGAUACGGUUGGCGAUAAUAAGGAUGAUGAUGACGAUGAAGAUGGUGAUGAUGAUGAUGAUGACGUUAAUGACAAUGAUGAUAAUGAUACAUUUGACGAUUCGAAUGAUGAGGAUGAUGAUGAUGAUGAUGAUGAUGAUGAUCAUGUUGAUAAUGACGGUGAUGAUGAUGAUGAUGAUGAUGAUCCUGACUCCAAUGAUUUGGAGGACGAUGAUGAUGAUGAUGAUGAUGAUGACCACAAUUCGGAAUAUUAUGAUGAUGAUGAUGAUGCGGAUGAUGAUGAUUCGGAUGAUGAUGAUGAUGAUGAUGAUGAUGACAAUGAUGGUGAUGACAAUGAUGUUGACGAUGAUGAUGAUGAUGAUGAUGAUGAUGAUGAUGAUGAUGAUGAUGAUUAUGAUGAUGAUGACGAACAGGAUCAAGUUAAUUCGGAUAAUGAUGAUUCGGAUUAUGAUGAUAAUGAUGAUGAUGAGGAUCCGGCUGAUGACGAGGAUGAUGAUUAUCAUGAUGAUGACGAUGAUGAUGACGAUGAUGAUGAUGAUGAUGACGAUGAUGAUGAUGAUGAUGAUGAUGUUGUUGUUUCGGAUGCUUAUCAAUAUGAUGAUGAUCAUGAUUAUGUUGACGAUGAUGAUGAUGAAGAUGUUGAUGAUGAUGAUGAUGACGAUGAUGAUGGUGAUUAUGAUUCGGUUAUUGAUGCUGAUGGUGAUGUUUAUUCGGAUGAUGAUGCUGAUUAUGAGGAUGAUGAUGAGGAUGAUGAGGAUGUUGAUGAUGAUAAUGAUAUAGAUAAUAUUGAUUAUGAUGAUGUUGACGAUGAUUCGGAUUAUUUGGAAGAUUCGGAUGAUGAUGAUGAUCGUGAAUCUUAUUCGGAUUAUGAUCCUGAUCAUGAUGAUGACGAUAAUGUUGACUAUUCGCAUGAUGACGGUGAUUCCGAUGAUUCGGUUGGCGAUGAUGUGAAAGAUGAUUCGGAUGACGAUGAUGGUGUUGAUCAUGAUCAUGAUGAUGAUGAUGACCAUGAUGAGGAUCUUGACGUUUAUUCGAAUUAUUAUGAUCAUGAUCAUGAUCACGAUGGCAAUGGUGACAUUCCGCAUGAUGCCGUUGGCUCCGAUGAUAAGGUUGGCGAUGAUGAGGAUGAUGAUGAUGAUGAAGAUGGUGAUCAUGUUGAUAACGAUGGUGAUGAUGACGAUGAAGUUGAUGAUGAUGAUCCAGACUUCAAUGAUUUGGAGGAGGAUGAUGAUGAUCAUGAUGAUGAUGAAGAUGAUGAUGAACACCAUUCGAAUGAUUAUGAUGAUGAUGAUGAUUCGGAAGAUGAUGAUUCGGAUGAUGAUGGUGAUUAUGAUGANAUGAUGACGAUGAUGAUGGUGAUGAUGAUGAUUCGGAUGACGAUGAUGAUGACGAUGAUGAUGAUGAUGAUGAUGAUCAUACUAAUGAUGAUUGUGAUAAUUCCGAUGAUGUUUCCGAUGACGAUGAUGAUCAUGAUCAUGAUGAUGAUGAUGUUGAUGAUGAUUCGGAUCAAG